AUGUUGAGAUCAUCAAUAAUAAAGAACAAUUAUAAAUUUACUGGAGUUUCUAGAACUAGAUUAACAAUCCCUGUUACAUCAGUACGUUCUUUCCAUUAUUCCAAUGUGAACUUUAAUGAUAAGCCACCAUCUAGUGAAUCUCCUUUAAAGGUUUUCUUGGAUACUUUUAAACAAGAAGUUAAGAAAUCCAAUGAAUUAAAAGAAAAUAUUAAAGCUUUACAAGAUGAAUCAGGAAGAGUUGCUGAAUCAGAAGCUUUCAAAAAGGCAAAGGAAGCUUAUGCUAAAGCUCAAAUGGGUACUUCUGCUGCUGGAAAAGUGGUGAAAAAAACUGCUGAUGCCGUGGGUGAUGUUGCUGUCAAAGCUUGGGAUUCCCCAGUUGGUAAAGGAGUAAGAACCACUGUGAAAGUUACAGCCGAUGUUGCUGAUAAAGCAUUUGAACCAGUUAGAAAAACCCAAGUAUACAAAGAUGUUUCUGAAGUGAUUGAUGACGGAUCAUCUACUGCUUAUGGGGGAUUUUUGACAAAAGAACAACGUGAAGCAUUACGUAAAAAGGAAAUAGAAAGAAAAUUAAAAGAAGGAUAUCAAGCUCCAGUGAGAGAAAAUGAAGAUGCUGGUGGUGCAUUAGUUGCCACUGAACAUAAACCUACUGGUCCUACUGUUGGUGAAAAAUGGGAAAAUUUCAAAUUGAAAACUCCUGUUGGCCGUGGUGUUAGUGUUUUACAAGAAAAAUGGGAAGAAUCAGAAAAUGGUUUAAUUUCUCUUCUUCGUACAAUCAUUGAAAAAGUAACUGGAUUCUUCUCCGAAACAGAACAAGCUCGAGUAAUCAAACAACUUAAAUUGAUGGACCCAUCAUUCAAAUUGACCGAUUUCCAAAGAACUUUAACCAAUUAUAUUGUUCCUGAAGUAUUGGAUGCUUAUAUCAAGAAUGAUGAUAAAGUAUUAAAGGAAUGGUUAAGUGAGGCUCCUUUCAAUGUCUGGCAAGCCAAUAAUAAACAAUUCAUACAACAAGGACUCUUUUCUGAUAGCAAAAUCUUGGAUAUUAGAGGUGUUGAAAUUGUCACUUGUAAGAGUUUACCACCAAAUGAAGUCCCAGUUGUUGUUGUUUCUUGUCGUGCCCAAGAGAUUCAUUUAUACAGAAAGGCAAAGACUGGUGAAAUUGCUGCAGGUACUGAAGAUCAUAUUCAAUUAAGUACUUAUGCCAUGGUUUUGACAAGAAUCCCAGAAGAAUUUGAUAAUAAAGUAACAGAAGGUUGGAAGAUUGUUGAAUUUGCUCGUGGUGGUUCAAGACCUUUCCAUUAA